AACCCCCAAGAGUAGAAAUUAAACUACAACAUAUAUAGAUUUUUUUUUAUUAGGAAAAAACUAAAAAGUCUUUUUUUAUCUUUUGUUUCUUUUUUCUUUUUUUUUUUUUUAAUUCAGAUGAUGAUGAAUUGGUGAAAAAAGCAGAGAAGUAUCAAGAAUACAUGAAGCAGCUUCCAAUUCCAUCACCCUGUAAUGAUCAUUCCAUUCGAUUCAGGACAUGGCAAAAGAUGGCGGAAUUCGUUAAGAAAAAGUAUGAGCAACCGCUGCAUUACCUCACUAACAUUCAAUUAAAACAAUGGGAUGAAUCUACCGGAGAUGAAAACAGGCCAAUCGCCGGCAACAUUAUUCAUCCUAGCAAAGCUGAGGCCAUCAUCUGGGGUGUUGAGGAGUUCAACAGGAAAUGUUCAUCUCAUCUCUACCUUGCUAAGCUAUGGCAUUCGGACCCAAAGUACCGUGAUUUUGUUGACUUGGUCAAUUCAUAGAUUUGAAUUUUAUCAUUAUUUCCUUAAUUUUGUGGGUUGGACAUAUAUAUAUUUUGGAUGUUUUAAUUUGGGUUUGAUGGCAAAUUUCAUUGAGGAAAAUUUUCUUGUUUGUAAUAGAAUUAGUAUUAGUUCUUGAAUAUGAUUGGCAAAUCUAUUGUUCCUUUUUUUUUUAAUCAAUUAGUCGACAGUUU